AUGUCCAAUGGCUACUUUGUUGUAUAUGGAGAAGCUGGGGCUGUUACGACCUUAUUAAAAUUGAGUCAAAGAGAUGCCUCGUCUGCCGUUUCGGAGGACAUUCUUCGAUUGCUUCAGUCUUUUGCAGAUCUCAGAGAUGUUUUAACUACGGUGAAUUUUUACAAUUUAUGUUUAUAAUGUUACUGAUGGCUAAGCUUAUUACUUUAUUCUUUUUUAGUUGUAUGAUCUGGCCGCUAUGAAGCCAAAUGCCUUUUUACAACCAUUCUUAGAUGUGAUAAAAUCUCAGAACACAAAUGAUGUGGUAACUUCGCGUGCCUUGUUGUCCAUUAACAAGUUUAUCAAGUGGAAUUUGAUUCCUUCGGAUGAGUAAGCUUUUUCUGAAGUAGGUAAUAUACGUGGUUAAGAUUGUGGGCUCCCAAUGCAGCAGAAUCCAUUGCAUUGGCCGUCACUGAGACCAAAUUUGCCGAUAGUGAGUACAACAAAGGAGAUGGGGUUGUCUUUAGAAUGAUUGAUGUAAGUUUUAUUGUUUUUCUGGAUUUGCAUUUUAGGUAUUGCAUUCUCUCCUUACUGCACCAUGCGGCCGUUUCUUGACGAAUGAGAGAGUUUGUAACAUGCUGCACUGUCUCUUUCGAGUAUCAUUUGAUGUGAAUCUCAGUCAGUUAUUGCGCAUGGCUGCUGAAACAGCUUUGGUUGAUAUGACAAAGACUAUCUUUCAACGGAUUCCUACUUUUACUUACGAUUCAAAUCAUCCUUAUAUGAAGAGACUGGUUGUUGAUAAGAAGAAAGAAGGAAGUCCAGCUUUAAUUGAAGCAAAUGUUAAACCAGUUACCGAAGAAGAGGCGAUUUCUGAAGCCACACAACCAGAGAAAAGUGCUGCGGAAAUUACGAAAACGGAUUUACAGGAACGGUCUUAUGAGGGGGAUCAAGUUAACAUCAAUGAUGUGCCGAAAGCCGAGGUUGUUCGACCAACUCCUGCUUCUUCACCAAGUAAGUUAUUUUAAGAUUAUGACAUUUAUCUUUAGGUAAUCAUGUUGUAAUUGAUCUUGGAUUUGUCGAUUGUUCAGCAGAAAUUGAAAGGGAAAAAAGAGAUGCCAUGGGAGAAGGCAAACCUCUGUUAGAACAGCCUUUGGAACAAAAAGAGGAGUCAACAAAAGCUGGUGGUGAGCCAACUGAGUUGGCCAGAGAUGAGAACGAAGAGUUGCUCUCUGCCAGUUCCUCGGAAAAUGAUUUAUCAUCUCAGUCCUUUAUACCAUACGGUCUUCCCUGCGCUAGGGAAUUAUUACGGUAUUUUUUAUUUUUUAGAUUCAAAUAUCUGCGAUUUUAGUUUCUCUGUUUCGUUAACAAACCCCUUGGACGAUACGAAUCAAGAACACAUGAUUAUCGUUGGUCUGAAUUUGGUUACUGUAGCUCUUGAAACAUCGGUCGACUUUAUCGGCAACUUUAGUCUUCUGAUGCCAUUGCUAAAAGAUGAUUUGUGUAAAGCUUUGGUUCAGGUAAGAUAAACAAAUGAUGAUUACAUGUUUUCAGCUUUUGAACUCGUCGAAGAUCUACGUUUUUACAAUGGCGAAUCGAAUUUGUUUCCUGUUAUUUGAAAGUCUACGACAACAUCUUAAAUUCCAAAUGGAGUCCUACUUCCGGGUAUUGAUGCAAAUUGUUGGAAGCGAAAAUGUAUGUUACUAUCACGAUUAUUUUUUAUUGAUCUAGGCAAAGUACGACCGAAAAGAAAUGGCAUUGGAGAGCAUCGUUCAUCUGUUCAGAGUUCCUAAUUUGGCCGGAGAACUGUAUUUAAAUUAUGAUUGUGGUCUAUACUGCAGGUAUGCCCGGAUACCUUGAGACAUACGUAUUUUUAGUAAUUUGUUCGAGGAUUUGACCAAAUUGUUGUCCGAGAAUUCAUUCCCGACCAACGGUAUUAUCCAAUCCACUCACAUGUUGAGCCUUGAGGCCCUGUUGACUGUUAUAAACAAGAUCUGUGCUAAUUCCUUUCCGAGUUUGGACUCAGAUUACUUGAAACAGGGAAUUCAUGGUUGGUUUUGCAGAGUCCUGUAUAAUCGUUUCCAGGACGUCAUUCCAGUCGCUGUCCAGCCGAUGCUAUAAGAGUUCCGUCGAUGUCUGAGUUGAUUGAUCAGAAAAAACAAAAAAGGUUAAUAAACGAAGGAACCGAACUGUUCAACAAGAAUCCCAAAAAAGGGAUCGAAUUUCUUUGUGAACACGGUAUUCUGAAGAGUCCGCCUGAUCCCAAAGAAAUCGCCCGUUUCCUGCGAGAAAAUCCGCAUCUGGAUAAAAUGAAAAUAGCGGAUUGUAUCUGCAAGUAAGUUUUUUUUGUAUUGUUGAAUGUUGCCUACACUGAUUAAUAUCAGCGUUUAGUCGCCAGAAUUCUGAAGUUUUGGCUGCUUUUGUUCAGUCGUUUCCCUUCGAAAAUACCCGCCUUGAUGUCGCCCUGAGGAUGUUAUUGGAGGCAUUCCGAUUGCCUGGAGAGUCGGCCGAAAUCGCGAAGAUUAUGCAACAUUUUGCAGGUAUUUUAAUUUUACCCUCAGAUUAUUUAUAUUUAUGUUUAUACAAUGUUACAAUCUAUGGGUUUCAGACUACUGGUUUAAGGUCAACAACGAGCCAUUCGGAGAUUCGGAUGCUGCAUUUACCCUUGCAUAUGCCGUCAUCAUGCUGAACACAGAUCAGCAUAACCCUCAAGCGCAGAGAAAUCAGAAGCCAAUGACAAUUGAAUCCUUCAGAAGAAAUGUGUCUGGAACAAAUGCCGGAGGGGACUUUGAUCCCGACAUGUUGCAAGAGAUCUACAAUGAGAUCAAACAUAAUGAAAUUGUGAUGCCUGCUGAACAGACUGGAGCCGUCAGGGAAAACUACAUGUGGAAGGUGUUAAUGAAGAGGUCAGAGUCAUCAGAGGGCACUUAUAUCGUGGCUAGACUGGGAUGCAAUGACAGGGAUCUCUUCAACACUGUUUGGGGACCUGCGACUGCCGCUUUGAGUUACAUAUUUGAAAGGUCGGAAGAGAAGUCUACACUUUCUGUAAGUCGUACUCUAGUGUAAUACCUGUUUGUUCAAAUUUUAGAGAACUUUGAAUGGAUACAGUAACUGCGCCACUGUGGCUGCAUAUUAUGGGAUGACCGAUGUCUUUGACAACCUUAUUAUCCAUCUGUGCAAGUUCAGCACAUUGAUGUCGUCGAUUGAAACUCGCGCGUUGAAUGGAGACGCUGAGUCAGAUUACAGAAAAUCCUUAUCCGAUUCUCCAGAUCAAGCAGUUUACGCCUUUGGAGAAAACUUCAAGGCGCAGUUGUCUACUAAAUUGAUGUUUGAUCUUAUUCAUAAACAUGGAGACCAUCUGAGGGCCGGCUGGAAGAAUGUAAUCGACUGUCUGCUUAAACUCUUCCGGAUGCAAAUCCUCCCUCAAAGCUUGACAAUGGUAGAAGAUUUCGUGGACCCACGAGGCGUAAUCUCUGUCCAGAGACCCAAAAUAAAGUAAGAAAGCAACAGAAUAUUGAUAUCGGCUUUAGGAAAAGUGCCAGUAAACAAGAGACGUCUCUCAUGAGAUGGCUGGGAGGAUUCUACGCUUCGGAUAGCGGAAAUUCAAAGAAUCCGACACCAGAACAGGAACAGUUAAAGAAAGCGGUCAUCAAUCUAAUUCAAGAAUGCCAUCCAGAACAACUUAUUGCUGGCGGACGGACUCUUACAUCCUCCGCUUUGGAUGAAUUGGUGGCCAGUUUAGUCCAUUGGUCCUUCAAUAUUUGUGGCGGAGCUUCAAGAGAAGACCAGUCCGCACAACCGGCCUCAACUGAAUCCUUCACCGAAUUAGAUGCAAAAUCCAUUGUUUUGAGUCAACAAGAUGAAGAUGCUGUAGUCUUUUUGUUGGAGUUCAUGAUAAGCAUUGUGCUGGAGAACAAGUACAGAUUGAAUCAAGUCUGGCCCAUAGCUGAACGACACUUUCGUUGGAUUCUUUCUGGAUUCGGGCGGAAUCUUCUGAUCUUGGAGAGAACUGCUGUCGGAUUAAUUAGAAUCGCAAACAAGAACCUAUUCCGAUUAAAGGAUGAUGAACCCAUCGCUCAAGAAGUUCUCUGCGCCUUGUCUAUGUUGGUCGAUCUUCCCCCACCAGCCUUGUUCUUCUUUUCAAGACAAAUUGCAUUUGGAUUACAUCAAUUACUGCACACUAAUGCCGCCAAUCUUCAUGAAUGCGUCCAUUGGAAGUUAUUAUUUACAUUGGAGCAAGCCGCCGGAGCUGCGUGUUACGUCGAUGUCGAAAAGGUUGGUCGAAUGAUCGCCGCGAAUUUUAAUUUUGAAUAUUUAGAAGGGAGAAGAUGGAUCUCACGAUCUUCCCUUAAGCCAAUUGCUGCUUCAGAAGGACAACCCUGUCCUUAUGUGGAGAGCGAAGAACCUUGGCCUCAAUUUAAGUCAUAAUCCUGCCGAAUUUUUUGAGUCGACAACCUUAAAUCUGGUCCCAAAUAUCUCUCGACAUGACACUGAUGCCUUCUUGAAAGUUGUGGAGACAUUGUCUUUUCUGAUCCAAGACGCUGUUCACAUUACUCCAUUCAAUUUCGAUUCAUGCACUGAAUGCCUUAGGGCAAUGGUAGAAGCUUCUAUUGAUGGCGCCCAAGCAGCUUCUGUUCCCUUAUCAUCUGUCCUCUCGGUCGGGGGAUCUGGAGCUGCCAGUUCGCAUACAAGUCGACCAUCAAGUCCAUCCAGCUUUGUGCACACUUCUGUUUCCGAGAUAGAAAACAUUACAGUAGAACAACAACAACUGUUAUUGGAACAACAGGAAAGGGAGACCAAGUACGAGCUUGCGUCCAGACAGUUGGCCGCUCUUUGUGCAACAAUGAUAUCCAAGGGAAAUAAGAUUCAGGAACAAUCAGCGGACGGAUCAGAGAACUCUUAUGCAAUGUGUGUUUUGCCCAUUUAUUCGGAGGCAUUCCGCAUGAGGAUUAUUCCCUUACUACAAGCCCUGGCCAGGUUAACUUGCGAUCAGCGGAAGAAGGUUAGGGACACGGCAUUUGCCGAACUCCAAGCCGUCUGUCGUUGGUUCUUCUAUAGCGAAAUGAGGUUGAUUGAUGUCGAACAUUUCUUUGCAUACGUCGUAUUUCCUCUUCUCAGAGGACUACAGACGGUCAAUGGACCUUUAACUGAAGCCCUGGCCUUGGAGGAACUUAAGGUCCGAGCAAUGCAAUGGGCCAUCAGAAUGGUUUUGAAUCAACUAGAGUAAGUUGGUUGAUAGUCCUAACUUUAUCUUUUUAGCAUGCUCUCGUCCCUUCCAUCAUUCCCCAUAUUGAUCAUGAGGCUGAUCAUGCAUAUGGAGAACUAUCUGAAGACGGCGCAGUCAGAGCUUCCGGCGGAAGCCAUACCUCAGUCCUUGAAGAAUAUGAUCCAGGUUCUUGAUAACUCCAAAUUGUUUGAAGUGCAACCAAUCUUAAAAGAAGAGAUCAAGAAAAGGAUGACGUUAUUUGCACCCGAUCUUGCUCAGGAAGUCUUCGUUCCCAUUAAAGUGCCAAUUAAUACAUCUCCGGCUCCAUUAGCUGAAGCUCCUCACCCUCAGACACCGCCUCCAAUGCCGGUUACAACAACACCGGUCGGAUUCCGGGCAAACCCGCCAGUUCCACCGCACCGGCACCCAUCGGACGGAACCGAACCAAUUAUUCCAGGCAUUCCAGUCGCGUCGCAUCUUCCUGGAUCACCCCUUCCUCAAUCUACAUCGUCACCAAGUCAAAUCCCUGCUAAUUUGGUACCAAUGCAACUUCCUCCAGCUAAUCCAUCUUCUGAUCCGAAUAGAUCGACUAGUCUCUAA